GGAGUACGCCGCAGAUGCCGGGAGAUAAAAAGACAAGAAAUGGCGACUUGGGGAAUAUGCCAAACGGUGCCUGUGAAUGGGAAGCACUCCACUGCCUCCGAAACAUUUCGGUACACACCGAGCCCCCUGCAGGUACACACCGAGCCCCCUGCAGGUACACACCGAGCCCCCUGCAGGUACACACCGAGCCUCCUGCAGGUAUACACCGAGCCCCCUGCAGGUACACACCGAGCCUCCUACAGUUUCGCAGAACGUCCUGCCGACUGUGGACAGCGGCCUGCGAUGCGGGGGCCCGUGGGCUGACUACCCUGCCCCAAGCCGUUUUGGGCAGCUCUAUAAAUACCGGGAUCCUCUGUCACCUCAGCGCAGAGUGAGACGUGCACCCAGGAGAUAAAAGUAAACAAGGCGCGCCAGCCAGCGAACGGAGCGUCACAUCAUAAUACACUCCUCAGAAGGCGAGGAGGGAGAACCGGCUGCAAAAUCAGGUGAUCAAGUAAGAGGGACUUAAAAACAGGCAAAAGCAGAGAGAGAGAAGCGACCUCCUACCCAGCCCAACUAAUAAAAUGAAUUCGGAUUCCAGCUCCAGCAGAGCCUCCUCACCAGACAUGGAUGGGAUGUAUCUAAGAGACCAUCACCUACAAGACGGCCGGCUCAGUUCUGUGUCCUCCACCCAGAACGAGCUCAUGCAGAAGAUGUCCAGCGAGCACCUCUCCAGAAACGGAGAUAAAACGCCGGGAGGCAGCAAAUACAAACUGAAGAAGCAGGUCACCGAGCAAGAGAUACAACAGUUGCGGCUGAAAAUCAACGGACGGGAGCGUAAGAGGAUGCACGACUUGAACCUGGCAAUGGACGGUCUCCGAGAAGUGAUGCCGUACGCGCACGGCCCGUCUGUCAGAAAGCUGUCCAAAAUCGCCACUCUCCUCCUGGCGAGAAAUUACAUACUGAUGCUCACAAGCUCCUUGGACGAGAUGAAGCGGCUGGUCGGAGAGAUUUACGGCGGACACCACUCCGCUUUCCACUGCGGCUCGGUUGGUCAUUCUGGAAGUCAUGCGGGCCACGCCGCAAACCCGACCCACCAAGUGCAUCCACUACUCGGAAGCGCACUGUCCUCCACGACAUCGUCCACCCUCUCUUCCACAUUACCCGGACUUACUUCGAUCAGAGCCCCCCAUUCCCUGCUGAAGACUACCCCUACCCCUCCUCUUCAGCUUGGGAGCGGCUUCCAGCACUGGGCAGGUCUGCCCUGUCCCUGUACCAUUUGCCAGGUCCCGCCACCUCCUCACAUUCCCAUAACUUCUACCGGCUUGACAAGACUUUCAGUCGAGAACAAGGACGUAAUGAAAUGAAUUCGGACAGUUCGAUGCACAUAAACUGAGUAAAAAUGUGCCGUCAGUUUCAUUGUUCUCGACGAAGAUGUUCGUAUGAACGAAGCAAAAACGUCAUGCAUGCACGCAAUUCACUGAUUUUUAAAUUUGUCUGUAUAUUUGUUUUCCGUACGAAAUCUACAUGUUUUUUCCUUGUAACAAGGAUUUGGUCAUUUCCAGGUAACUGUAUUGCUGACUAUGUAGCGUCAUAAGACCUGCACUACAAGACGUACUGUAAAUAUAUAUUUUUUAAAUCAUCUUAGACACGUACACCAGAGCACAACAGGCUGUCUGAGAGGGACGAAGUGAGUUUUUGUUAGCAUUGCUGUUGUUUUAGCUGUAUACAACACAAGAUGUAUUUGGGGUUAAAAUGUGCAUGCCGCAUCAUUUGGUAACAGGAAAACUUUUCACAAGUAAAAAAUAAACGCACAACGCUCCUUGUAACAAGGGCUGUGAUAUAGCGUUUCGAAUACAGAUGAAAUGAGAUGAUUUAUUUCCAUGUAUAAAUAUACAUAUAUAUAUAGUUCGAGACAAUAGAGUGAAAUUAUAUCGUUUCUUCGGUGUUUGGUUCAAUACUGAUAAUAGUUUUAUUCUAGCCGAGUGACGUUAUCCAGUGUCAAUUCACAUUAUCAUCCGGACAGUUGUAGCAUGGAUUCUGUGAUCAGAACAGUUGCGAAGCAUGCUUGUUUUGUUGGAAAGAUUUUGUUAUGCGCAGAGAUAACCCUGUGUCUUUAUUUUUGUACAUUCUUGAUGAUUAUUGAUAUAUUUAUUAUUGCCCAGUAUUCCUGGAUGAAAUUUCAACCAAACUGUUAUAAUAAAAAGAAAAUUCAAAUGUU